AGGGCUUCCUUCCCUUCUCUGCUUCAGAUCGCCCUUUAAGCCCCUUGGCCCCACCCUUCCAUGCAGCUCCCGUCCUCCACCCGCCUUCCGGACAGCGCGAGGGGGCGGGGCCGGGGGCGGGGCCGGCCUCAACCGGAAUGAAAACAAACGGCGGCCUUUGCCGCAUCCGGGCACUCGUCAGGUCGCAGCUGGCUCGGCGGUGGCGCAGUUUUACUUUCAAGGAUGGCGCAGAAGAAAUAUCUUCAAGCAAGACUGACUCAGUUUCUAAGGGAAGACAGAAUUCAACUUUGGAAACCUCCAUAUACUGAUGAAAAUAAGGAAGUUGGUUUGGCCUUAAAGGAUCUUGCUAAGAAGUACUCUGAGCGGCUGGAGUGCUGUGAAAACGAAGUGGAAAACAUAAUUGAGGAAAUUCGACGCAAAGCAAUUGAGCGCGGCACUGGGAAUGAACACUACCGAACAACUGGGAUCGCCACCAUUGAGGUGUUCCUGCCUCCAAGGCUCCGGAAGCAGGAUAAGAAAAGCUUGUUGGAGACCCGCUUGCAUGUCACUGGUAGAGACCUGAGGUGUCAAAUAGCUGAAACUUUUGGAUUUCAAGAAAAUUACAUCAAGAUCAUAAUAAAUAAGAAACAGCUUCAACUAGGGAAACGCCUUGAAGAACAAGGAGUUACUCACAAUGUGAAGGCGAUGGUGCUGGAGCUGAAACAGUCUGAAGAGGAUGUGAGGAAAAACUUACAGCUAGAGGAAGAGGAACAGAACGAGGCCGAGCUGAAGGAGAGACGCAUUCAGAGGACCAAACGGGGACUAGAGAUCCUGGCGGAGAGAGCUGAGAUGGUGGAUGAUCCGGAAACGAUGCCUUACUUAGACAUUGCGAACCAGACAGGCAGGUCAAUCAGAAUUCCCCCUGCGGAAAGAAAAGCCCUUAUGUUAGCUAUGGGAUACCACGAGAAGGGCAGAGCUUUCCUGAAAAGAAAAGAGUAUGGAAUAGCCCUGCCCUGCCUCCUGGACGCUGACAGAUACUUCUGUGAGUGCAAAGGGCUGCUGGACACUGUGGACAACUAUGCAGUUCUCCAGCUGGACAUUGUGUGGUGCUACUUCCGCCUGGAACAGUUGGAAUGCCUUGAUGAUGCAGAGAAAAAGCUGAACUUGGCCCAGAAAUGCUUUAAAAACUGUUACGGAGAGAAUCACCAGAGACUGGUCCACAUAAAAGGAAAUUGUGGGAAAGAGAAGGUGUUGUUUUUAAGACUCUACUUGCUUCAGGGAAUCCGAAACUAUCACAGUGGAAAUGGACAGGAAGCUCGGGAAUAUCUCAACAAGGCACGGCAGCUCUUUAAAGAGCUUUACAUCGAUCCAUCAAAAGUUCACAACUUGUUACAGUUGGGAUUCACUGCCCAGGAAGCACGGUUGGGCCUGCGGGCCUGCGAUGGGAACGUGGACCAUGCAGCCACUCACAUUUCCAACCGUAGAGAGGAACUGGCCCAAAUCCGGAAGGAAGAGAAGGAGAAAAGGAGACGCCGAAUGGAAAAUGUCAACACUUUAAGAGGAAUGGGCUACUCCACACAAGCUGCCAAACAAGCCCUUCACCAGGCCAGAGGCAACCUGGACGAUGCCCUGAAGGUUCUCCUCAGCAACCCCCACAUGUGGUGGUUACAGGAUGCAGACCCUGAGAACAAUAGCCGCCAAGCAAGUCCUUCCCAGGAAAGCAUUGACCAGCUGGUGUACAUGGGCUUUGACACAGUAGUGGCUGAAGCUGCACUAAGGGUGUUUGGAGGCAAUGUCCAGUUGGCAGCUCAGACCCUUGCACACCAUGGAGGAAGCCUCCCACCCGACCUGCAGUUCUCAGGAGAGGACUCCUCCCCCACACCGUCCACAUCCCCAUCUGACUCUGCAGGGACCUCUAGUGCCUCGACAGAUGAAGACAUGGAAACGGAGGCUGUCAACGAAAUCCUGGAGGACAUUCCGGAGCACGAGGAGGACUACCUGGACUCCACGCUGGAGGAUGAAGAAGUCAUUAUUGCUGAAUACUUGUCCUACGUAGAAAGUAUAAGUUCUGCCGCAAAGAACAACUGAUCAGAAAUAAGUGCUACGUUUCCACUAUAAAUUCUGUGGUUGUAAAUGGUUGAAUGCUUCUUUGCGUUCCUCUUGCUUUUCAACGAUUUUUCUCUUAAGUAAGCUUCCUCCUCAGGUACAGGGACCCAGUGUAUUGAAGAGACUUUGUCAGAGGAUAGUCUAGGAAAGGGAAUGCCCCAGCCUAGCUCUGCUGCUCCCCUUCUUCCUCUAGGUCUGCAUCCCAGACUGCCACUCUGUUGGUUUUCCAUCCAGAACAGGGAAGCAGGUCCCCCCACCCCCACCUCCUGAGGCAGGGUAGUCCAGAGAAGGUCUGCAGAGGGCCUGGGACUCUGUCUCCUGUCUUCUCAGCUAGCCAUCCCGUGCACUUUGCCCACUGUCCUGCUGCUGAACUGCCCUCCUCCCCCAACACCUCUGCUGUGCAAGCUUCCCUCACCCUUGCUGCCCUGCAUCACCCCUUGCAUCUUAUUCCAAGUGCUAUGGAGCCCAGCAAUGACGGACAGGCUGCCAGCCUCCCUCCCACCAUGGCAGGCGGUGCAGAUACCUUGAUCUAAAAAUGACAGUGUUUUGUGCUCUCAGAUCAGUAAAAUCUGUACUUAAAAUUCAAGGUUGCAAAAUCAGUUUAUAUGGAUUCUAAAUUCCUCAUACAAAGUGAAAAUCUUAUUAAAUGGAAAAAUUUUAAAUGCUAACCACAGCAAGUUAUUUUUAAUUAACAUCUCUAGACUGAAAGCUUACUGAUAGCCAAGGGACCUGAGAUUGCGAUCUGCUUUCUCAAGACUCUCCCUGGGUUUCCUAUAACUGGUCACAGAAAACUCGCUGAAGAAGGGCCUGUCAGCCUUUGGUUGCUUAGUCCUGGGUGUGACCAGGUAGAUAGCCUUCUAGUACCCAGGCAUGGUAACAGCCAGAUGUGGUGUGGGCCAAGUGCCACUGUGUUCCCAAGAGCUUUUCAUUUCACCUGAAGCCUUGGCAGCAGACUAAGUUGGACAGGUAUGAUUGUCUCUAUUUUUUUUAAUUACACAUUUGUGUGGGGGAUAGGCAAACAUACCACAGCAUGAGUCUGGGGCUCAGAAGACAAUGUGUGAACUGAACUUAAGUUGGCCCCGCCCCCUGAUGGUCUUGCUGGCCCUGCCCCCUGAUGGUCUUGCUGGCCCCCUUGCUGUGCUUUGGAACUGAAUGAUGCUGAUGGAAAUAAACAUGGGGAACACACUUGAA